AUGGGUGGUUUGGGGGUUAGGAAGUUAGUUCAGUUCAACCAAGUCCUUUUAGGGAAAUGGUUAUGGAGGUUUGGCCAAGAAGGAACUCAUCUUUGGCGGAGGGUUAUGGCCACCAAAUAUGGAGAGGGUCAAGGGGGGUGGAAUACUAAAGAAUGCAAAAGGGCCCACGGGUAUGGUCUUUGGUGUGGUAUUAAUGACGGUUGGGAGAGGUUCUCCAAACAUUUGGCUCUUGUGGUGGGUGAUGGCUCCCGCAUUAUUUUUUGGCAUGAUAGGUGGGUCGGGGAUACCUCACUUAAAAUGCUCUAUCCUCAAUUAUAUGCGUGCUCAACUGACAAGGAAGCCUGCAUUUCUGAUUUGUUGGGUCAUCAGGAGGAUGGGAGUAAUAGAUUUUGGAACUUGAGAUUUUACAAGAAUUUUCAUGAAAGGGAAUUAGAAGCUGCUAUCUCUUUCCUAGAUUUCAUUCAGUCUCGAAUUCGAAGAGGCAUUGGGCGUGAUAGUCCCCAUUGGUGUCUUAAUGGGAAUUGUAAUUUGAUAUUCGGUCUUUUUAUAAUAAGAUCAAGGGUACAUCUUUCUCUAGCUUCCCUUGGAAGGGGAUUUGGAAAGUCAAGGUUCCUAAAAGGGUGGCUUUCUUCUUGUGGAUCGCAACCCAUGGUCGGAUUCUUACCUUGGAUAAUAGGUGCUAUAUGUGCUGUUGUUCUGCGGAAUCUAUGGAUCAUCUUCUCAUUUACUGUCCUGUAG